UUGAAAGGUGCAUGAAGUUCUUUAGCAAUCCAGAGGGACUAGAAAGGUAGGGACUGCCGCAGCUAAAUGAAAGUGGGUGGGAUGCGGGAGAAUUCCUGCCGCCCUGGCAUUCUGAGCUAUUUUAUUAAGACUGCAUGCAGCCCAGGAGAACUGGCUGUACUCCCUGCUGCAAGCCUAGGACAAGCUGCAUUACACACACUGUAGCUCGGCUCAAGCCUCUUCUAAACUGGAAUACAAUGCAAAGGAUUUCCAGUAUAGCUUUCUGCUGCCCGAAGAGACUCUGAGCAGCGUUCUUGUAACCUUAUGUUUUAGUUUCACUGUGGCGCCAGACUUUCCGCUCAGCAUCAGAAAAGGUCGCAGCUGGAGAUGGGACACUGGACAGGGCGGCCAGUGCUGUGAGGUGGUACGGAACAUUCUCUCUCUCAGGUUAUGGAGGCAGCCUUAUACUCCCGCUGGCAUGACUGGCCAGAAAGGACAUGCCAGUCAUCCUGGUGAGCUGAUUGCUCACGUUAAGCCCUAAUGAUCCAUCCCUUCUGGAGAUUGGGCUGAAGCAUCUACUAGCUGACUUGCCUCCUAUUCCUGCUGUGAUUCCCUCCUUCUACUUGGCGCACCAUGGGCGGAUGCUUCUCCAAACCCAAACCAGAACUGCACUGCUCCCAGGCUCAGCCCCGAAGGCACCGCUGUACACUUUCCAUCUGCCCCCCGGAUCCUCAUGUUGAAGUGAAAAUUGAGGUGGUGCUACCAGAGAAAGAGAGGGCCAAGGAAGAGAUGUCACCCAAUGGGAAAGCCAGUCCACUUGUUUACAAAGUCAAUGGGACUGCCCGGCAUUACCACCUCGAAGAACAUCCCAUCACCAUCAACCCCUACCAGAAUGUGAAGGAUGUAGUGGAAGCCUCCGUGUGCCACGUGAAGGACCUUGAGAAUGGACAGAUGCGAGAAGUAGACCUGGGCUGUGGGAAGGCUCUGCUGAUAAAGGAAAAUGGAGACUACUAUGCAAUGGGACACAAAUGCCCUCACUACGGAGCCCCACUGGUGAAAGGGGUUUUAUCCAAAGGAAGAGUGCGCUGUCCCUGGCAUGGGGCUUGUUUCAGCAUUGGCACUGGUGAUAUAGAGGACUUUCCUGGCUUGGACAGCUUACCCAAAUUCCAGGUGAAAAUCGAGAAGGAGAAGGUGUACAUCCGAGCGAGCAAACAGGCUCUUCUGACGCAAAGAAGGACAAAGGUUAUGGCAAAAUGUAUCUCCCUCAGCAACUACAAUAUCAGUAGCACCAACGUGCUGAUCAUCGGAGCAGGUGCUGCUGGAUUAGUUUGUGCAGAGACCUUAAGACAGGAAGGUUUCUCCGACAGAAUCGUUAUGUGCACAAUGGACAGACACUUACCCUAUGACCGACCCAAGCUAAGUAAGUCAAUGGAUUCCCACUUAGAUCAGAUCACCUUGCGCCCUAAGGAAUUCUUCCGUACAAAUGACAUUGAGGUCCUGACUGAAACACAGGUUGCGGCUGUGGACAUCAAGAACAAGAUAGCUGUGUUCAAGGAUGGAUUUAAGAUGGACUAUAACAAACUGCUGAUAGCAACUGGAAACACGCCCAAAGCCCUUAGCUGUAAAGGCAAAGAAGUCGAGAAUGUUUUCAACAUCCGAACCCCUGAAGAUGCCAACCGGGUAGUGAAACUGGCCAGCAGCAAGAAUGCAGUCAUAGUGGGAGCCUCUUUCCUUGGGAUGGAAGUGGCAGCCUACCUGACAGAGAAGGCCCAUUCUGUAUCUGUGGUUGAGCUGGAAGAAGUGCCUUUCAAGAAGUUCUUUGGGGAGAAGGUUGGCCAAGCUCUCAUGAAGAUGUUUGAAAACAACAGGGUGAAGUUCUACAUGCAGACUGAAGUGUCUGAGCUGCGGGAGCAGGAGGGCAAGCUUAAGGAAGUUGUCCUGAAGAGUGGGAAAGUCCUCCGUGCGGAUGUCUGUGUCAUCGGCAUAGGUGCAAGUCCAGCAACAGGAUUUCUGAAGCAAAGCGGCAUUAACAUUGAUUCCAAAGGCUUCAUUGUCGUCAACAAGAUGAUGCAGACCAACAUCCCAGGAGUUUUUGCGGCUGGUGAUGCUGUCACCUUUCCUCUGGCUUUGCGUAACAACAAGAAGGUGAACAUCCCUCACUGGCAGAUGGCACAUAUGCAUGGCCGCAUAGCAGCUCUGAACAUGCUGGCCCAUGGCACGGAGAUCAGCACAGUCCCGUACCUGUGGACGGCUGUGUUUGGGAAGAGCCUACGAUAUGCAGGCCACGGGGAAGGAUUUGAUGAUGUCGUGUUUCAAGGCGAUUUAGAUGAACUGAAGUUUGUGGCAUUUUACACCAAGAACGAGGAGGUGAUUGCUGUGGCUAGUAUGAACUAUGACCCGAUUGUGUCCAAAGUCGCUGAGGUCAUGGCCUCUGGGAGAGCAAUCAGAAAACGAGAUGUGGAGCUGUUCGUUCGUCAUGGCAAAACUGGAGACAUGUCUUGGUUAACUGGAAAAGGCUCUUAACGUGGAAGGAACUGAUUUCUGCUGAGGCUGCACUUGCCCGAGAGGAGACCGGGAGGACCAGGAGGCUCCGUGGCUAAAUGCAACUCGAGUCAGCUGAACCAUUGCCUCCCUCACACUUUGAAGAAUCCAGCAUCACUGAACCAUUAUGUUCCCAACAACGCCCUCUGUUCACACAGCCGGUGGUUCUGACGCACCAGUGGCAGCCUGCGUACGUGGGCUCUGCAGAGUUUAAAAACCCUAUGGAAACACAAGGAGAACACGGGAUCCCCGAGGAAGCACUGACUUGCCCUGGUCUUCAGAGUCUGAAGCAAGCAUAUGCUCUAGCACCGACAGCUGCAUCUCUCCGCGAGCCCUGCUGGCUGCAGGGACAUGGGGCGAGUAGACUGGAACUUACCGGCACUUUCUUCUGGUAGGGAGGGACCGCCUGCGAAAACAAGGCAAACUAGUCAUCCUGGCCGCAUGGUAAAGUUACCCACCCUGGGACACGUCUGCUCCCCCUAUAAACAAUGUCACAGCCUUUCACUGCACCCCAUGCUCCCGACUUCACCCACAAUACGCACCCAACUAGCCUACCCCUCACCCACUCUCCACUCACAUCCAAGCAUGCCCUCACCAACACCCUGCAUCACCUGCACCAACCCCCUCGCUCUCCCAAGCCACACUCUCCCAGACACCCUAUGGUGCCGCCCUCACACAACUGCUUGCCCCCCCUGCAGCCCCCAACCAGGUUCGCAUUCCACCCACAGUGUCAUCUGCACCUACACAGCUUCAACCACAUCCACGGGCUCCCAUUCAGAUCCUUACCUGCACAGUCCGAGUCAUAUAGCUUCACCUUUAUCCACGCCCUCAGCCCUAAGCACGGCGCUCCUGAGGUACACAGCUCACAGGGGCGAGCCUCCCAGCCCAGGUCGACAGACUGCAGCUUGCGGGGCUAGCACACGAAAAACAGCUGUGUAGACGGUGCUUUGCCGCUGCAGCUUGGACUGAAACUUGGGCUCCUCGACUUCCAGUCCAAGCACUGUCUACACCGCUAUUUUUGGAGCACUGGCCCAGCAAGUAUCCUUGGAAUGUAUAGUCCGACUCCUGGGUUAAUUGCAGUCAGUUGCUCGGUGUUGACGUUCAACUCCCUGUUCUGUAAAGACCCGGGUCUCCCUUUUUCAGUUCUUAAACACGUGGGCUAGGUUCAGUCUUUCCCAGUUCCCCAGGGACCAGUUUUGACCUCACUCAAUGAUGCUGGUGCAACUCCAUUGUUCCAAUGGAGUUACUCCUGAUUUACAUCCAUGUAAGUGAGACCAGAACAAGCCUUGUGAUCUCCAAAAGAUCUCACGUAUAAUUGCGUAUUCCUUUAGCAUCCCAGGGUGAAUAUUAUCAGAUCAUCCUGUUUGGAAUACAGAUCUAGUCAUCUUGGUCUCUUUAACUUGAUUCAUGAUCCAGCCUCAUGAACACUCAUAGACCUUAAGGUCAGAAGGGACCAUUAUGAUGGUCUAGUCUGACCUCCUGCACAACGCAGGCCACAGAAUCUCCCCCACCCACUCCUGUAACAAACCCUUCGCCUAGCUCUGAGUUAUUGACGUCCUCAAAUCGUGGUUUAAAGACCUCAAGGUGCAGAGAAUCCUCCAGCAUUCCCUUCUUCUUUAGUUGUUUUGCAUAAAUCAUCCUGCUGCUGUCAUCCUACCCAGGGGAAACUGAGGCAAAGUAGCUACUGAAGGAGAUUUCUGAGGGUGCCUUGUCAUCUAUCAUUUAUUCUGCUUGUCAUGCAGUGGCAGCGCUAAACCUGCCUUCUCAGGGUCUUGUUUUAUUGUCCCCUUUUAGGAACAAAGGCAUUCCCACGCCACUUCAGCCCUGGGGCCCACGUAGUUUCGCAUUCUGUCUCGGUCAGUACCCACUGCCCAGAGGUUUCAGAGAAAGUUGCUGGAAUCCUGUAAUGGACAGUUUUGAAAUAACCUGCCCCUGAGGAAAAAUUCCUCCUAAAUCCUAUCAGUCCAUCAUACUUUAUGUCCUGAAGCAGGCGAGUUUAUAUCUUACAUAUUAUUUAUCCUGUUUGAUGUAGCUGGUGUUAGUCUUAUUAUCCUUAAGUGUCAAAUCCAUUCUGGAACCCUGAUAAACCCUUGGACUCAGUACUAUUUUGUGGCAGAGAGUUCCCUAGUGAACUGUGGUGGUGUUGUCCCAGGGUGCACUCACGGCUAGUGGCACCUCCUGGCUGUCCUGGGGGUUAGCUCUGGCCAGGCAUAGCGCCCUCCUCUGGUGGUGUCCCUGCUGUCGUCCUCUUGCCCAGCAGACCCCUCUCGCUCCAGGGCCUGCAGCGCCCUCUUCAUGAUUCGGCCCUCCAGCCAGGUCACUCCAUGGUUCCCCCUUCAGUAGGGGGGUUAUCAAAGUCCCUCCAUACACAACGGCAGUCUUUUCUUUACUGCUCUGACCAUGCCACUCUUCCAGUGGCUGGUAGGGGAACCCAGGCCCACCCUCUAUUCUGGGUCCCAGCUCAGGAGUUCUCCAGUCAGCCUGGAAGGCCUGCACUCUCCCACCUUGCUUCUUUUCCCCUGAGCCUUUUCCUACCUUCCCAGCCCCCCGAGUUUGUCAGCCUCCCAACUAGGGUGACCAGAUGUCCCGAUUUUAUAGGGACAGUCCUGAUAUUUGGGGCUUUUUCUUAUAUAGGUGCCAAUUACCCCCAAUCCCCAUCCUGAUUUUUCACACUUGCUGUCUGGUCACCCUACUCCCAACUCCCUCUUCCCGGGGUGUAACUGUAGACUACUUGCCUCUAGCCCCAGAUACACCUCCCUUCUCCAAAGGAGCAACUGCAGACACCUUCCCUGCAGACUCUGUUGCCAGCUUCCUGGCUUAUAUAGCUCCCCACCUGUUUCUGCCCAGUUGAGUCUCUUCUAAUUAAAUCCCUCUUCUCCAAGAGCAGCCUGGGCAGUUAAUUGGCCCACUUAGCCACCUUCACCCCUCCAGGCCUUGUGUAGGGUGGACACCCCAUCACAAUUGUAUACAAAAUAUUCUCUUAGCUUGUGUGACUACGUUGCCCUUCGUUACUUUAUAUAACUGUCAAACGCCCCCUUAUUUGUUGUAUCCUAAACUUUUCAGUCUUUGCUUAGACAGCAAGGCCUCCUAUCAUGGGUAUCACCCAUUUCUAGUCCCUGCUAUUUCUGCUGUAACUAUCGGCAGCGGGCGUAACCAGAACAGAACACAGUCUUUCAGUCAGGGAUGUCCCAAUGACUUACAAAUGGCACCAUCAGCUUUUCAGUAUUCUUGUCCACAGCGCUCUUUGCAGUGAUGCCCAGGUCUCGGUCUCUGUGACUUGACCUUACACAUCCUUCCUGUCACCCUUUCUCUUCCCCUCCCACCCCUUUACUUGCCUCCUGGAAUGAAUCCUUUUCCUUAGUUUUUUAUUCCCUUUGUUUUAAGAUCUUUAACAAGUUUUCUAAGACCCCAGUGCAGCCAUACUGGCUCUUCUCUUCCUUCCCCGCUGCGGCCUUAUCCAGACUAGGAUAAAGGUGUGUUGUUGUUUUUUUUAAAUCAUGUUGGCUAAUGCAUUUUAAUUAAGUGCUAUUUAAAAACUCAUUAGCCACUAAUGGAGAUAGGUUCUAACGCCUUUAAAAUGUGUUAGCUGGUUGUGGCCAAUCUUAGCCCGUUCCAAGAGUUCACGUCAGCCGGCUAACGUGGGAAAAUACCACUUGCCCAGUCUACUCUAGCGUUUUGAGCUGUGUUAGUUCACCCUAUUUUAAAAGCACCUCUUUCUCUGUCUGGACAAGGCCUGGGAUUGGGACCCCCGCCCCCCUAGCGAGUAAGCAGGGGUAGAGGUGAGUCUAGGGAUGAAGGUGUGAGCGUAGGGGGCAGGUGGAAGCCGAGAAGCCCAGGUCCUGCUGCCUCUUCGGCAGAAGGGGGAAAGGCGAGCCGCAGACCCAGGAGCCAGUAGGGUUUUUUCAUGAGGGAAGGAGCAGAGAAGGGGGCAUGGAGUGAAGGGCCGAACCCCAGGCAGAGAGGAGCAGCUCUUUUAAUGGAGGUGGGAAAGGAGGUGAGGGACUCAGCCAUCUGCAGGAGGCGCUGGAAGGCUUCCUGCUCCCAAGAGAGGCAAUAGCCGCGGGAGCAACAAUGGCUGGUCCCUGUCAGCAGGCUAGAGAGCAGCACGAAUUGACUUGGCUGGAGGAGUGGGGUCAGCAGAAACCUGUAGGGAACAUAGAGGCCCCUUGGUGAUGGGGGUGCCUGGAGGCCCCGGGCGCUGUUCAGAAACCCCCUCUUCAGCUUCGGUGCUGCUUCCCAUCUGUGCUGGCCCCACUAAAUGCGAGCCACACCCACCUGCAGGAGUCCCAAGCAGCCACUUGUUCUGCUGGUACUUAAGUUUUCUCCUUUUAGAGCUGUCCCAUUAGAGUGCACUUGAACAGGGAUGCUGGGCUUUUAAGCCCUGUGCAGCCCCUACGGCUCAUUUAACCUUUCGGAGGCUGAGAAAUUUCCUGGCUCCUCUUGAAUUCUCUUUCUCUCCUCCCCUCAAGGUCACUCAAGACCACUCCUCCGCAGGCUGGAGGUAGGAGGGGUCAGUACGGAGCCUUUCGUCUCUGCAGUCUCAUUGCCAGGUUAUUUUCCUGUGUCCUUGGCUGCUUCCUCCACCCUCUGCCUGGAGAACCCACCCGCUUCCUCUUUCGAUUCGCUACCUUCUCCUCCUGAUUUCUACCUCGUAGCUAAUUAUUCUGCUGUGUUCCCCAACAAACUACCUCUCUCAGCUUGUCAAUAACUAAUUAUCCUUUAUCCGGCUUGGGUUCUCCAACUUCCCACAGCAAAUCCAGCUCUGUCUGCCUCUUCCACGUGUUUUCUGGUCUCCUCAGCUGUCUGGCUGGGCCUUCUGCAAAGGGCUCUUGGGUAGAAAGACAAAGAAGCAAAGCAGCCCUUGCCCCUGCUUCCAUGAGCUGUAUGUGCCAGCCCCUUUCCACCUUUGCCCCACACACAGAGACACUCGUUUCUUCUCACACCAAACCUGUCCACAGGAAGUGGAUGUGGAUGCUCAACUCCUUGGGGCAGGAACUGUGGCCAGAAUUAGACCUCUGAAGGGGAAGAUUUUCAACAAGAAAGCAGCGACCUGCCCAUUUACAAGUGAAAGUCCCAUCUGUGCCUUUGAAAAAAACCUCACCUAGGGGCCAAUCGUUAGGCAACAAAUGUUGCCAUUUGUUCUUACUUGCUAUUAAAGAUGGCCAACAUUUUUGAAAUAAAAGGUUUGCCAUUGAAAAAAAAAUAGCCUUUCCCCCCAGGUGAAAUAUGUCAAACGUUGUUAUUGAAAUGGUUUCUUGUCUCUGGAAUUUGGGGAGACAUUUUUAAUUGACAUUUUUAAUCAAUAACUUUUGUUUAUCGAAAAGUCGGGUUUUGGCAAAAACGUAAGGGCAAUAUUGGUUUUGAUAAAAAUGUAGAUAAAACUUUGAUUUGAAACGAUGCACAAAAUUCCUGAAAAACGGAAAAGGUUUCAUUUCAAACCAAAUGAAAUUUGUUAUGAAAUUGUUGCUUCCUUUUUUGACCAGAUCCGUUUGCUGUGUAAAGAAUUGUGCGCUGCUGGCGUGCUAUAUAUAGCAUCAGCCUCAUUAUGCAAAACAGAGCCACCAAGACCUGCUAUGCGGAAGAAGCAAUUAUGUAUGGCCUGGAAAGAGAAUCUAAGCUUAACACGCAAUAAUAUGCAUGGACUAUCUUAUUUAUUGUGAAUGCCAGCAGCACUUUGCAAUGCAUAAUGAAUAGAUCUCUGAGCGGAUUCUCCUGCAGUUACAGACACACAACUGCCAUUGGAUUUAACAGGGACUAGGUGCAAACCAAUGUGAGAGAAUCAGGCCCGGGUCUACAUUAUAUCCCUCCUGACUGUAAUCAGCUGUAGGGCACUCCCAGGAUGCCUUUCUUUCCCUUCCUUCCCUUUUUCCUUUUGUUCCUUUCAGAAUUUUUUAAAUUAGCAAUAAUUAGAAUGAAGCCCCUCCUGAGAGGGUAGUGAGUGACUGUGAACGGUGGGAGGAGCAGGCAGUGGGUGAGGAUCUGUGUGAGAAGGGAGAUGAGACAUUUUCUUAUCUAUUGUUGUCAUCAUCUGUACUGACAAAUGUGCUGAUUGUAGUUGGCUAAUCUUCCUUUCCUCACUGUAGACACUUAUAGGGAGAAUCUGCAUAUUCAUCUAGUGCUCUGCAUGGAUGAAUGUAAAUAUAACCUGAAUAAUAAAGUCCAAGCUUCCAGCUGA